UACCCAUUCAGUCAUUUGUUGUUGUCAGUGAUUAGCCUCCGUUUUCUUGGACCCAGAUCAAGAUGUCGGGAGGUCCGGCGGUGCGCGUGAGCAUUGAGUCGUCGUGUGAGAAGCAGGUGCAGGAGGUGUCGCUAGACGGAGUGGAGACCUAUGUCCCGCCCCUCUCUAUGUCCCAAAGCCUCGCGCGAUUGGCUCAGAGGAUUGACUUCAACCAAUCAGACGAUUCCAACGAUGAGGACGCACCCAGUAGCGAGACGCCGUGGAAGCAAGAGCAAGAGGAAGAGGAAGGCAUGGUGCGGUUCCAGCCGUCUCUGUGGCCGUGGGACUCUGUGCGUACGGCGCUACGCGGUGCGCUGACAGAAAUGUGUGUGUUGCACGACGUGCUCGCCGUCGUCAAGGAGAAGAAGUACAUGGCCCUUGACCCCGUCUCCCAGGACAACGCCACCCCUAAGGUGCCGCAGGUGCUGCAGCUGGUGGGGAAGAAGCGAGCGCUGGCUCAGGCGGGGAGUGUGUUGUUGCGUGGUGCGGAGCGACUCAGCAGGAGUGUGUGUGAGACGCAGGAGAGUCGUCGCCAGAGAGACUUCAACAGCGAGCUGCUGCGCCUGCGCUCCCAGUGGAAGCUCCGCAAAGUAGGAGACAAGAUCCUGGGAGACCUCAGCUACCGCAGCACAGGGUCUCUGUUCCCCCACCACGGCACGUUCGAGGUGAUCAAGAACACGGAUCUGGACCUGGACAAGAAGAUCCCAGAAGACUACUGUCCCCUCAGCGUGCACAUCCCCAGUGACCUGCAGGGAACGGCCUACAUCAAGGUGUCCAUACAGAAGACGGCUCCAGAUAUCGGCGACCUGGGAACCGUCAACCUCUUCAGACGACAGCCCAAGCCCAGAGCAGGUGCACAGCAGUGGCAUAUGCAGCUGGAGACGGCUCAGAAUGUUCUGUUGUGUAAAGAGAUUCUGGCUCAGCUCUCCAGGGAGGCAGUGCAGCUGAAGAGCCAGAUCCCCCACAUAGUGGUGAAGAACCACAUCAUCUCCCAGCCCUUCCCUGGGCUACAGCUCUCCAUCUCGCUCUGCCACUCUACUGGUGAGAAGAAAAGCCAGCGAUCUCCCGUAGAGAACAAACCAGACGACCACCUGUAUGUGUUAGAACACAACCUGCACCAGCUGAUACGAGAGUUCCAUAAGCAGACUCUGACGGGGCUGGUGAUGGCGCACCCUGCCAGUGCUCCGCUGGGUCCUAAGCGUCUGCGUGUUGCCGGCCCGCUGGCGUACGACAAGAGCACUCUGACCAGCCUGCAGAGCAGCGAGGGCCUACUGGACAAGAUCAUCAAGCAGGCCAAACACAUCUUCCUCAGGAGCAGGACGGCGCGUACCAUAGACAGUCUGGCGGCGCGUAUCGAGGACCCUCAGAUCCAGGCCCACUGGUCCAACAUCAACCACGUCUACGAGUCCAGCGUCAAAGUGCUCAUCACCUCCCACGGAGCAGAUAUGCAAGUGCGUGUGUGUGUGUCUAUCCAGCUGCAGUUGAAUAUCGGUGUUGAGCAGAUCAGAGUUGUACAUCGAGACGGCCGCGUCAUUUCACUCUCACACCAGGAGCAAGAGCUGCAGGACUUCCUCCUGUCACAGAUGUCUCAGCACCAGGUUCACGCGGUGCAGCAGCUGGCGAAGGUGAUGGGUUGGCACGUCUUGAGCUUCAGUAACCACGUGGGACUCGGCGCCAUCGAGAACAUCGGCAACGCGUCUGCUGUCACUGUAGCCUCCCCCAACGGAGAGCAUGCCAUCUCAGUGCGGAACGGUCCGGAGCAGGGGUGUCGUGUGCUGGUGCAGCGUGUGCGGGGGGCGGGGGGAGUGGUGCAGGACCUGCGCUGGGCUCAGCUGAGGGGGGGGCAUCGAGAGGUCAACUGGGGUCGCAUGGAGGGACGCAACUUCAUCUACAAGAUGGAGCUCCUCAUGGCUGCCCUCACACCCUGCCCUUAACACACACACACACACACACACACACACACACACACACACACACACACACACACACACACACACACACACACACACACACACACACAC